AUGACGAAAUACGCCAUUACUGUCACCAAUGACUCUACCCAACCCCGCCACUUUUAUUUCUUUACUGCUCCCCCCCAAGUGGAGGGUAUAGAUGAUGGCAAUAUCUUUGUCAAUACGUGGUUAGAGGCAUGGGCCGAUCCUGGUGAAGUGAUUGAUGUUAGCACCGUUCUUGACUUUUAUGCAUGGUGCGGCCCUAGUGCCAAAAACCAAGGAAAGACUACUAUCUCUCAAGGACUGCCUAGUCCUACACCUGUGACUCUGGGAACCGCCUCUGUUAAAGGCAGCUCGUAUAAAACCCACUGGAAUGAAGGUACUCAUCAUUUUGGCUGGGCCAAGGAUGGCAUUCCUAAUGAAGCCAACCCUGGUGCUUAUUCUAUUAUCACGGAUACUUUCACUCCUCAGGAUUCUCUUCAUAUUGGUAUGGCCUUGAAGAAAAACGGAUCAAAUCGUGCAACUCCAGUUGCAGUGAUCCCAGCGGAUCCAAAUAUGAGAUACAACAUUACCCCGGUUGUUAAGUUUUAUGUUGCCGUUGGCGACAAACAACAAAACGAAAUAUUUCACUACACCGCUGAAAGUGUAAGCGCUGGGUGUUACGAUUUUAUCGGCAAAGGAAAGGGGUACUUUCAUGGUAGUAUCUCUUAUACCAACCAGGGAACCUGGGACCCAACGGUAUACGAUAACGACUUACCUCUCCGAAUUUUGGGGGCACCUACGGAUGCUCAAAGCCUUGUAGCUCUUCCACCUUGGCUCCAGGCUAUUGUUGACUUCACAGUUCCAAUCGUAACUCAGGCUGUCAGGGAUGCUAUUAUUAAUGCUAUUCGCCAGCAGCUCUCCCAAAUUAGUUACACCGUUGGGAACUUUACCUUUUCUAGUGAUGGUAGCAAGUUAACCUUAAGCUAUAGGCUGCCUGUUCUUAAUGCAUCCCAAGCAAUUGUUAGACCACCUCGAAGAAUUAAGCCUGAUUCAGAGGUCUCGGUAUCAUUGGAUGCCAAGAAUGAAAUUCUUAAAAUUACGUUCUCGCCACAAUGGUUUCGUUGCGUGGAGCUUGAUUCCGCCGAUUCCACCGAUCUUGCCGGCCAAUUUGAAACCGCCUCCCUCGAGAGCGCUGGGGUUCCUGCAGCCCUUUCUAAAGCAGUCAAUACGGCUCUUAACAGCGUCCAGUCCAAGCUUCCACCAGGGGAACGUUGGAAUAUUAGUAGCUAA